AUGGAAAUGAAUAAUCAUCAUCAAGGGACAGCGGAAAUGGAGAAGAAGUCCAAGACGAAGAUCGUGUGCACCCUGGGGCCUGCAUCGAGGUCAGUGCCUAUGAUCGAGAAGCUGUUGAGGGCUGGCAUGAACGUUGCUCGUUUCAACUUCUCUCAUGGAUCUCACGCCUACCAUCAGGAAACCCUUGACAAUCUCAGGGCCGCCAUGCUCAACACCGGUAUUCUCUGUGCUGUCAUGCUCGAUACCAAGGGUCCUGAGAUUCGAACUGGUUUUCUGAAGGAUGGAAAAAUUCAGCUGAAACAAGGUCAAGAAAUCACAAUAACUACUGACUAUAGCAUAAAGGGUGAUGAGAAAAUGAUAAGUAUGAGUUACAAAAAGUUGGCUGAGGAUGUCAAACCAGGGAUGGUCAUACUUUGCGCAGAUGGGACAAUCUCAUUUACAGUCUUAUCUUGCGACAAACAAAAGGGUUUGGUUCACUGUCGCUGUGAGAACUCUGCAGUUCUUGGUGAGAGGAAGAAUGUAAAUCUUCCAGGGGUCAUUGUUGACCUCCCUACCUUGACUGACAAAGACAAGGAAGAUAUCUUGGAAUGGGGAGUUCCCAACCAAAUUGACAUGAUUGCUCUUUCAUUUGUUCGAAAGGGCUCAGAUUUGGUGGAGGUUCGUAAGCUGCUUGGAAAGUAUGCUAAGAAUAUUCUUCUCAUGUCAAAGGUUGAAAAUCAAGAAGGGGUGGCAAAUUUUGAUGACAUCCUCUCAAAUUCAGAUGCAUUUAUGGUAGCACGAGGUGAUCUUGGAAUGGAGAUUCCAAUUGAAAAGAUAUUUCUGGCACAGAAAGUGAUGGUUUACAAGUGUAACAUCCAAGGAAAACCUGUUGUCACAGCAACACAGAUGUUGGAAUCCAUGAUAAAGUCUCCUCGGCCAACCAGGGCUGAAGCCACUGAUGUUGCCAAUGCCGUUCUUGAUGGCACAGACUGUGUGAUGUUAAGUGGUGAAACUGCUGCUGGAGCUUACCCGGAACUUGCAGUUCAGACCAUGGCCAAAAUUUGCGUAGAAGCAGAAAGCACACUUGAUUAUGGAGACGUCUUCAAAAGGGUUAUGGAACACUCACCAGUGCCAAUGAGUCCAUUAGAAAGCCUGGCUUCUUCAGCUGUUAGAACAGCCAAUUCAGCGAAAGCUGCUCUUAUUUUGGUCUUAACUAGGGGAGGAAGUACUGCCAAGCUGGUGGCUAAGUACAGGCCUGGAAUGCCCAUUUUGUCUGUGGUUGUCCCCGAGAUCAAGACUGAUUCUUUUGAUUGGUCAUGCAGUGAUGAAACUCCUGCAAGGCACAGCUUAAUCUUUCGUGGUUUGAUCCCGGUUCUAUAUGCUGGUUCUGCCAGAGCUUCUCAUGAAGAGACAACAGAAGAAGCAUUGGAUUUUGCUAUUCAGCAUGCCAAGGCAAAGGGACUUUGCGAGAAUGGGGAUUCAGUUGUUGCUUUGCAUCGGAUUGGAACUGCAUCUGUAAUCAAGAUCUUGACUGUGAAGUGAGUUCACCUUGGUGAUAUUUGCCUCAAUUUUGAAUGUCAUUUUUGGGAGUUUCCUCGGUACUAGGGAUAAAUGCUGCUUCUGAUGUCAGCAGCUUUUAGUGUUUUAUUUUUUUGAUGCAACAAAUGUGAUCUAAUAUCACAAGUAAAAUGUGCUGAUGAUUUGCGUACUAAACACUGAAUAUUAGACUUUUUUAUGUAACUAUGAUUUUGUUGAGAGGUGAUCUCAUUUUGAUUC